AUGGCAAAAAAGCCAAGACCAGUUUUAAUGCCCUGGGACGACCUUGCUUGGGAGCAAAGUGACGCCCAAGCGGAUGCUUGGGAGAGGGCGCAGCUCAAUGCAGACAGUUUCCGCGCCGUGGCCAAGUUCAUCAAUCAACAUAAGCCUGGAAAAGCCGUCGAGCUCCACAAGCCCAUCCGAGGGGGUAACAAUGUCUGUUACCGCUUAGAGUACGAUGACCGCUCGUCGGUUGCGUUACGAAUCCCCAUCGAUCGUCCUGGCGUCAAAUUUGCGGAUGAAAAGGUCAUGAUUGAGGUGGCGACGAUGCGACUUGUUUCAGAGCAGACGACCAUCCCGGUACCCAAGAUUUACCACUUCGGAGCCGCCGCCGACAACCCGCUUGGGCUUGGGCCUUUCAUCAUCAUGGACUAUGUCGAACACGAAUCGACCAUGUCUGACGCCAUGGCGGACUCGAGUCUAGCACCCGGAGAAGACCACGUGCUUGAUCCCAACAUUGAGGAGGAGAAGCUCGAGUUUUUCUAUAGGCAGCUGGCCAACGUCCUGCUUCAGUUGUCGAGGCUGCAGUUCAACCGCAUAGGAUCCCUUCUGCAGGACGAAACUGGCCAUAUCUCGGUCUCUGGGAGGCCACUCAUUCAGAACAUGAGCCAUCUGAUGCAGUUUACCGGAACGCCGGAUGCUGUGCUGCCCUCUUCGCCGUACCCUGAUAUCAAAAGCUGGUAUGCUGCCCUUGCGGACAUGCACAUUGCACAGUUCACCUUUCAGCACAACGAUGCCAUUCUGGACGAGGACGAUGCUAGAGACAAGUUCGUUGCGCGCCUCCUUUUCCGGCAACUUGUAUACGAGGAUCGUCUCACCUCUACAGCGGACGGCCAGAGCACGCGCCAGCCAGACAUCCGUCUGUUUUCGGAAGACCUCCGCCCAUCAAAUGUUCUUCUCGAUAAGGAUCUACGCAUAGCCGGCGUAAUAGACUGGGAGUACGCCUAUGCUGCGCCAACGCAAUUCUCCGAGGAUCCUCCCUGGUGGCUUCUGCUGAUGAAGCCCGACGAGUGGCCUGGGGCUUAUGAAUCAUGGAUGCAAGCAUAUGAGCCCCGUCUCCGGACUUUCCUGCGUAUUCUCGAAGACGAGGAAAAGAAGCUUGGAGCAAAUAAAAAUGGCAACGGGACUAAGCUCAACGGGAGCGCCCCAACUGAAGUGUGCCUCUCUGAGAGGAUGCGAAAGAGCUGGGACGAUAAGACCUGGAUGAUCGGUUUCGCAGCGAGAAACAGCUGGGCAUUUGACCUGAUUUUUUGGCGAUAUCUAGAUCCGAAGUACUUUGGACCCAAUGAGGCUGCCGGCUAUCGUGCAAGGCUGGGCCGUCUCACCCAGAAGCAGAGAGAGGCUAUGGAAGAUCUGGUCGCGGUCAAGAUGAAGGAGGGAAGAGAGUGCAAGCUUAAGGAGUGGGAUCCAGACAAAGCGAAGGCGCAUUUAGCGCGGUUCUGGAAUUGA